AUGGCCUACCCGCCCCCUCCAGGUAUCUCGAGCGGGCCCUCCACCGGCAACCCGUCCUCGCACCCUUCCUUACCCGCGCGUCCGCCCCCGCCCAAGACCUCCGGAGGCUUCAAGUCCGCCUUUAAGCCCGCCUUCGGCGCGCCCGCCUCGGCGGCACCCACUUACUCGAGCGCACCGAGCUACGCCAACGCGCCCGCCGCCAACUAUGGCGCCCCCUACCAGUCCUACCCGCAACACUCUUCGCCCUCGGUAGGCGGCGCCGGCCCCUACCAGGCACCGCCCUCCUCCUAUAAUCAAUACCCACAAGCUGCCGCCGGCUACGGCCAGGCCACCGGCUACAAUGCGCCGCCCUCGGUCUACGGCGCCGGGCCGCAGAUCCGGAACCCGUUCCCCGUCCCCGGCAGCGCUGCGGACUACGAUCCGGACAUGGCGAUGCAAAUAGCCCAAUGGCAGAGCGCGUACAGUUCACGGGAUCCGACGGGCAGAGACACCACCGCCGCCGUCGGCUCUGGCGGCCGCGGUACCCCGGCGACGGGCAACUCCGCAGCAAACCUCUCAGCCGUUCCCAAUCCCGCGGCUGCCGCAGCGGCAGCGGCAGCGGCGAAUCAGCCACCGGAACGCAAGAAGACUGUCGUCCGAGAGGGCGGCGGCAAAAAAUGGACGGAUGACAGCCUUGCCGAGUGGGAUCCGAGCCACUUGCGCCUCUUCGUUGGCAACCUUGCGGGCGAGGUGACGGAUGAGUCUCUGCUCAAGGCCUUCUCGCGGUGGAAAUCCGUGCAGAAGGCGCGCGUCAUCCGCGACAAGCGCACCGCCAAAUCAAAGGGCUACGGCUUCGUCUCCUUUAGCGACGCUGACGACUUCUUUCAAGCCGCCAAGGAGAUGAAUGGCAAGUACAUCCAGAGCCACCCGGUCACUGUUCGCAAGGCCAACACGGAGAUCAAGAUCACCAACGUCAAGGACAAGGACCACAACAACCGCAAGAACAAAAACAAGAAAUACUCCGGCAAUGGCAGCGGUGCUGGUGGUGGGAACAAGCAUGCCAGCGACGGGACCGGAUACGAGCCCCAUCUCGGCCCCGUGCAUAGUCACGGCGUCACCAAGCCCGGGCAGAAGACCAAGAACGGCCUCAAGCUGCUUGGAUGA